AUGGAGGCCAAUGGUCCAUACUGUUGUCCGACUGGUUGCGGUGACCUCUGUGAGGACUGUGACUGGUCAAUCGCUUCCUCCACGAAGCGUAACCUCGACCGAAGUAGCACUGUUCAUCAAGAUUCUGUUUUCGAAGACCCAGCCACUUCGGUUUGCAGCGCUUCUGAAGCAGGCUGUCAGACACAUGACCGAUCGUACCUCCAUGUGCGCGGCGCCGACGACAUUAUCCCAAAGGACAAAACGCGCGAAUUCACUGAUCCGCUGACUUGGCCCGAGGGAGAAAAAGACUGGUGGGAGAAGAUGAACGCCAUCCAGCAAACUCGUGGCCUGUGGUACUAUCACUGGAUCGAACCCGGUCCGAACGGCAGGCGCAUUGUUCACGCCGACAGCAACGCCCAGGUCUACUCUUUAGACGAAGACGACCAGGGCGACAGCCCCUGGAGGCUCAACGACCCCCAGGCCGGCGGCACGCAGCCCGUGACCUGCUGCACCAUUGUCGUCUUCGCGAGCAACCUCGGCCUCGUUCUCGCUCACUUCUGGGAGGUGCCGACCUUUGUCGCCAUGAAUCCCGGGACCGGCAAUCACGAUCCCGAGCGCCAGGCUGCAGGAUACCAGACUAAUGUCAUUGACUUUUUGAAAUACGGCAAGGCGUACCCCGUUUCACCCCUUGUACAGAAAGGUGGCCGCCAGGACCCGCCCCCGGUAUCACCCCCGAUCGUCGACCUCUUCAAGCCCGGCAUGAUCCUCGACAAGGCGUCGGUGCUCUGGCGUUCGAUCGUUGUCUUCUCGCCACGCGCAAAUUACUGGGUCGACGACGAACCAGUCAGGAAGAACCUCAAGGCCAUGACGCAGUUCAAAACGGACCUCGCUUCCUUCUGUGGCGUCGAUGAAGAGGAAAUCGAGUCGUACACGCUAUACGCCACGGGCGAGGACAACGAUGACGGGUCGCCUGCGUUCCGAUACAACCUGUACGACCGCUUCUUCACGUGGCGGUACAAGACGUAUUGGGGCAACAACGACGAGGGCAAAUGGGUCAAGCGGAAGCGGUUCCGCGGCAUGUGGGAGUGGCAGGACUAUCCGGACUCGGCGCGGUGCAACCUCGAGAUUCGAACCUUUGCGAACCCGACUGACGAUGAGGGCAAGAACUAUCUAAACGUCGUCGUGCGGCCAUGGCGGACCAAGGGUGCGGGCAAUGACGGCGACGGCGAGAUCAGACUGAUGCGCUACGAGUUAGAUGGGCAGCAUGACGAGGGAAUCCCUAUUGGCAGCCAAGAUUUCGAGGAGGAUGUCACUCUCAUAUACAAACCGGAUGACUCUUGGAGGACCAACCCUGAUAAGCGACCGGACUACGAUACGUGGCAUCCGAAUGUGCGGUUUGGCGACCACCUGUACGAGUACAAGGGGGACGCAACACCUCGAGGUUCGGGCUACCUUCCCAAGUGCCGCGGCGGCAGCUGGAAGCGACCUGAGAAGGACGGCAAGAUUGAAUCUGGAACCUGGCUUCUGGUGCAAGCCGAUGAACAAGUAGUAAUAGGCCCCAGAGCGAAGCAUUUCUUCUGGUCGACUCUGUUGACAGGGGCAUGCCGGGUCGAGAACCCCCUGGGUGUUUAA